AUGAAGAUAGCCCUAGAAGUUAAGAACAAGUUUGGCUUUGCAGUUGGAUCAAUUCCAGAUCCAGGCGAAGCUGAUCCGAGACAUCCUGAAGUAGCUGCUGACAUUUGGAAAGCUCUCAAGAGGAGAUACUCGCAAGCUGAUCCUCAUAGGAUUGCAGAAUUACAGAAUCAAAUCUAUAGGAAUGCACAAGGUAACUUGUCUGUUAAUGAAUAUUUUACAAAGUGUAGUGCCUUGUGGGAAAAAUUGAAUGCUAUGAGACCUCUGUUGGUGUGUGAAUGCUCCCUUAGAUGCACUUGUAAUCUCCUGAGUAAAAUGCAGAAAGAGAGAGCAGAUGACCAGGUCAUCAGGUUUUUAGAUGGUCUUAGUGAUGAUUUUGAGACUAUAAAGUCAGGUGUACUGCUUAUGGAUCCCAUUCCAGAUAUGGAAAAGGUCCUUAAUAUGGCUUUGAAGCUUGAGAGGAAGCUCAAUGGAUCCAUUAUUCAGAAGAACAAUGACUUGGUCCAGUCUAAUGCUCUUCAGAAUAGUCAGACUCAAGUCUCAGAUGAACAGGUUUUUGUGGCAGCCACAGAAGCAAAUAAUAAGAAAAAAUUCAACAGUGGUGGAGGAAGAAAUGUACCUAAGUGCACGUAUUGUGGUAUGAAUGGGCAUACUAUUGAGAAAUGUUACAAAAAACAUGGAUAUCCUCCUGGAUGGAUAACCGGUUAUAAAGCUAGAAACAGACAAAGUCAAGAAGCUCAGCAAUCUGCAAACUCUUUCAUAAGCCAAGGUGCUGAUUUAGGUUUGACAGCUGAUCAAUUUCAAAGGUUGAUGAAUUUUGUGCAAAACCAGAAUCAGGGAAUUCAAGCUUCAACUAGCUCUGCUGUAAAAGUGAAUAGCUCAGGGAUGAAGUCUGCUCCUAAGAAUCCUCCUGAUGAUUCUUGUGAAGGUAGUUCUGUUCCCAAUUUAUUUGUUAAUAAUGCUGUUUCUCCUAGCUUUUGGAUUGUUGGCUCAGGGGCCACAAAUCACAUCAUCUGUUCCCAAGAGUAUUUUGAGAAAUAUGAACCAGUGCAUGCAGUUUUUGUGAAGUUACCCAAUGGGGAAACUGUAAAUGUCAGUCAUAUUGGGGAAAUCAGGUUGCAUCAGGGUAUAUUGCUAACAAAGGGUCUCCAUGGGACAGUGUGUGGUUUUGCUAGAGAAAGGAAUGGACUCUACCUUAUGACUGACCCCCCAAUCAGAAGAAAGCUCCAUUGUGCAAAUAAGAAUGUUGAUAUUCACUCUGUGAGAACAGAUAAUGGAAGAGAAUUCUUCAUGGAAGCUUUUUGUAAUGAAAAGGGAAUCAUCCAUCAAAAGUCAUGUGCAUAUACACCCCAGCAAAAUGGGGUUGUAGAAAGAAAACACCAACAUAUCCUGAAUGUGGCUAGAGCCAUCAGAUUACCAACCCCUGUACUAAGUGGAAAAACCCCCUUUGAGACACUAUUUGGCAAGAGUGUGCAGUAUGAUCACCUAAAGGUGUUUGGUUGUUUGUGCUAUGCUGCUACUACAUCUCAAGGAAGGAAUAAGAUGCAGACAAGGGCUAGAAAGGAUGUCCACUUUUAUGAGCAUAUAUAUCCCUUUCAGGAAGGGAAAGAUAGCUCAGAAAUAGAUGAAGGCAUGCAAGCAAUUGGGGAGACUGAUUUUCCACUGAUUCCUUCAUCAGUUAACAUAAGGCACACACCUUCUACAGACAUAGAAAGGGGUGAUGUGAUUGGCAUAAAUGAAGAUACCACCAUCACCUUUGAUGACAGUUCAGAAAGGAGUAUUCCAACAAACAAUGAUGUAAUUCCUGAGGACUACACACCUGAAAUAAGCAAUGAAGCAGUUGACAACCAAAUGCAGUAUAGAAGAUCAGAAAGAGUAAGGCAUAUCCCCAUUAAAUUACAUGACUAUUACUGCCAUACCAUGUCAAAAAACACAAAUUCUGCUAGAACUUCUCCAUAUCCCAUAGACAAGUUCAUUUCUUAUGAAGGCCUUACUUACAAUAACAGACUUUGUGCAUCAUCUAUUCUUUCCACUUUUGAGCCUCAGUCCUACAGGAAGAUUCCAAUUGGUUGUAGAUGGGUUUUUAAAGUCAAGCACAAGGCAGAUGGGUCUAUUGAAAGAUACAAAGCUAGAUUGGUUGCUAAAGGUUAUACACAGCAGUUGGGAGUGGAUUAUGUUGAAACAUUCUCCCCUGUGGCUAGGAUGACCACUAUUAGAACCUUUUUAGCUGUGGCCAUUACAAUGGGAUGGGACAUCCAACAGCUAGAUAUCAACAAUGCAUUCUUGCAUGGAGAUCUAGAAGAAGAAGUCUACAUGACUUUGCCUCCUGGCCUUCAAACCAAUAAUCCUAGGAUGGUAUGCAGGCUGCUUAGAUCCCUAUAUGGUUUAAAGCAAGCAAGCAGGCAAUGCAAUGCUAAGCUCACUAAGGCAUUGAUAGACAGUGGUUUUUAG